AUGGAACCAUCUCUAGUGCAAACCACUCCUUCAGUUGAUGAAGAUGAUGAUGAUGAUGAUGAGUGGGACACUGAAGGAUUUGUAAUUCCAAGCUUGGGAAUUGAAGACACUGACCACAAUAAAACCUCUCCUGAGAAAGUAGAAGAUCCUAUACAUUCCAAAGUUGAGGCUGGGAAAGAAGAGAAUAUAUACCUUGGACCCCACGGAGCUCCUCCAUCUCAAGCAAAACAGCAAGAGCUGAACCCUUUGAACCGCAAGCAGAAAUUUAAGCAGAAACUUAAGGAAGCCGAUAGGCGAUACAGUGGGACCGGGCGGGAAAAUAAGGUGGAUAAUUUAAGAGAGCUUGUUGGAGGUGGAAAAAUGCAUGUGACUCCAUCUAAAAGUUCGUCCAGGGAAUGGCUAGACCCGCAUUGCCAUGAGUCUCAAUUUGAGAAAAGGAAUUUUCAUUAG